AUGAUAGAUGAUGAGGAAUAGAACGAAAGAAUUAUAACAAAGUAUCGUGAUACACUAAGAGAUAUGGGAUUAAUGAAUUUAGGCUUUGGAUCAAUGUUUUUAUUAAUGUCUAUUAACAAAUCCUUUUAUGGUAUUAUUCAUCAAAUAAUGAUAAAGAAAAUGAUGAAUGCAUAUUCUUAAGAUAAUAAGGAUUAGAUUUUGGCAUAGCUUUAUUGAUUUUAUCUACUUUAUAAUUGUAAGAAUCAAUUAUAAUAAAUACAGAUCUUUUUUCUUUGUUAUUCAUCGAAUGGAGAUUAAGAUGGUUUAGGAAGUAUUUUCCUUUUUAACAGGAUUAACUUUUUUAAUGGGAUUGAUUUUCUUUGUUUUAUUAUCGGUAUAUUUAUUGAUUUAAGAAAUAAGUAUGGAAUUUAUAAAGGGGAACCUUGUGGUGCAUUAAGAAUAUUAUCAAUAGUUUAUAUUGUGUUGGUAGUGUUUUCACUAUUUUGUUUUGCCCUUAUAGUAUGUUGCGUAUUAAUUUUGAGUGCAAAUGAAAGGUGA